CCUUUAAUGCCCACGUGAUCCUCGGCGCGAGUGCCCGCAUUUUUUUCACCUCCCGGGGCUUGGGCUUAAUGUCGUCACUUCCGGAGCCGUUGGACCCCGCCUCUGCUGACCGAGUACGGGCAAGCGCCGUUAGCGGGCUGUGGUGUCUGCCGUAGAUUUCCAGAAUUUCAUCAUGGCUCGUGGACAGCAGAAGAUCCAGGCCCAGCAGAAGAAUGCCAAGAGACAAGCUGAAAAGAAGAAAGGGGGAUCUGAUCAGAAGGCAGCAGCAAAGGCAGCACUUGUGCACACAUGUCCAGUCUGCAAGACACAGAUGCCAGAUCCUAAAACCUUCAAACAGCAUUUUGAGAGUAAACAUCCCAAGUCUCCUUUGCCCCCUGAGCUGGUAGAUGUACAGGCAUAAAUAAAAGCACAACUUGGAUAUGGACUUGGAUUUUUGCUGACACGGUGCACUGAAACCUACUACAUAAGGCCUGGAAAAGAUGAAGAGCAUUUGAUUCUUCAAACUUUUCAAUUUCUACUUACUACUGAACUUUGAUAUAUUUAAUCUUUUCAUGUUUUGGGACAAGGAAACAUUGAAGAUUUUUUUUUGUUUGGGCAUUACAAAGGUGCCAAUUCUUCAAGUGGGCUAAGUGGGAAAAGUGGUACAGAUCUUGUGAUAGAUUAGUACUAAUAUUGUUUCUUCACUACUUUUAAGCACUGGCAUCAUUGUGAUAUUAGUACUGCUGGAGUCUGUUACAAAUAUACGGGAGUUUGAUUCUGUGGCUUAAAGCUGUCGUGGUUUAUGUGAGAACCACUUUGGAUACCAUAUUCCUAGAUUAUGACUAAAAAUUUCUUGACCUCCCUGAGUGCAGCUCAGUCAGCCAUAUUAGCAUAUGUAUUCUUUGUUCAGCUUGUCUUCAGUACCUUCUUUGUAGAAGGGAUGUUGCAAUAUAUUAAAAAUUGUAUCCCUGUUGCAAACAGUAAGUUGUGAUCAAUCCAUAAAAAUAAUCGGGUUUAUCGCACUGGAUGUUUCCAAGUGAUUGCAGGACAAUUUAUUCUUUUGAUCUCCCUUUCUAAUUUUAAGCAUUUACUGUUCUGUUUGAUUUCCCAAAAAUAUCUUUUGAUCAGCUCCAUGAAUCAAUAGAUUCCCCACACCUAUUUAUCAUACAGAUGUUGGAUACUUUUGAAGGAACACAGUCUCUUGAAACUUGCGUGCUUAUUCAGAGCUUUACAGAUAGUUUUGUAGCUAUAAUUUUUGGAAUUAGUUUGAUAAUUAAUCUAUUAACUAGUUAUAAUUUCAUGAAUGAAAUUUUAAGGGAUUCCUCUAUAUAGAGAUAAACCAAUUAUCGCUGACUGAAAUUCCUGUUUCAAACUACAAUAUUUAAGAUUGCAAUAGCUUUUAUUUCACCCAGAAUCUUGCCUAAUCAUACAUGCAGUAUUUUGUGAUUUAUCUGGAGCUCAAUGUGAUUUCAAUAAAUAUCAAAAGCACAUUUUCUUCUAAAA